ACGAAGUUUGAAAGUAACGACCCAGUUAGCCUUUGCUCGUCCAUCGGUAAAAUAAUCUCAGGUUAAAGUUUAAAUCAAUGUCCACGCCAUGGCGUCCUUUUAUCUAUUACAAAACUCGAAUCCACGCUUCGAGUCUCCGGCUAAAGUGUUCGCGAAGUUGAAGUCCAAAGUUCAGAAGGAAGCGAUGUGCGCCAGAGCCGGGGGUUUUACAGGUGAAGUCAACCACGCAGAGAAACCAGCUAAUAAUAACAUCUCCAGCAUCUGGAGCAGCGACGAGCCCGAGGAUGAUCAACGCUUUGGAUGCUAUGGCAGUGAAGCGGAGGCUUUGACUCUGUCGCCCAUGUCGAGUCCGAAGAAAAGUUUGGACUAUUCCUGCUCCAGCAUGAGCAUCGGCCCGCUGGAGGAGGCGAGGACACACGGAGCUUUCCUGGAGUCCACGGCCAUGUCUAUUUCUAUGGUCAACAGCUACAUGGCCAACAACAGACUUCCUCAGAUCACAGACUCUCGUGUUUUCCAUGAGCCCAUCAGGGCUCCACAGAAACUUAUAGAAACCAGCAGGAGAAAUGUGGAUAUCUGUGCCACUGUGAGUCCCCCCAUGAAGAGCAGGGUGAGGAAGAGGACGUGGGAGCAGCAUGAAUUUAAUAAAGUGACCCACAUGAAUAAUGAACAUUUAAGCCCUCCACAGCUAAGGCAAACUUCAACGUUUAUUAGGGAUUACAGCCACAACAUCAAUAGUAUACCGGAUCUCUGUAGGUUAAAUGGACACCCAGAGCCCAUCUUCACACUACCAAAAGCCCCUGGAAGGAAAGGUUGUUCAGUUUUGUUAGAUAAAUUGCCUCCAAUGUCACCAGCCAAGAUGUUUGCCUACAUGAAGGAGAGGGAAAGCAAAAGAGAACGAUGGGAAGUUCACAGCAGCAGAAGAGACUUAUUUGGAGGGAACCCGGAUCAGUCCAUAGACACUCUUCUCGGCGUGGGCGAGGUGGAGAGCGUUGCUUCAGAAAAGGCCCAAGAAAGACUGGUUCCUGCUCAAGAGUGCACAGCAGACUCAGCUGACAGCUGCCCAGAGAGCCAGCUCACCGAGGACAGCCUGGUCCCCGCUGCGCCGACACGACCUGUUUUGUUAGAGGAUCCGCUUUUAUUAAAUUCUCCAAAAUUCUCCAUACCGAAGAAAUGUGAGAAUGUGUUAAAGCGCAGCCGCUGGUGCACGCAGAAGAAAUUCCCAGUCGAGAAUGUUAUUCAUCUCCAGAAGUGGAUCCUGAAGAAGAAUAGUAAGGGGCUGUUUGUUGAUGGAAUUCACGGGGAGGACAACAUACCGUGGAACAGUAACAUCAUUGUGGGCAGGGUCUCCAAUUCUGUGCUGAAGACCGUCUCCGGGAGGGUUUACAUUUUAAUUGGGAAGAUGAACAUUAAUGCUGCUUAUGGUUUUCCAAAGCGGUUUUUGAAAAAGUUUUUGAAUGGUUUUCCCCACAACUGGAAGGCGCUGUAUGAGAACUUUCUGUCUGAGUCAAACGACCCUAGCUUCAGCAGAGGAGUUGAGAGGAUCAGCGAAGGGAAAGGCAUCCCAGUUAAGACAAAGCCGGAGGCCUCUGUCGACCGUGCUGUGAAGAGACACCGACAGAAGUCCUCGAAAACGCCUGAAUCCUGUCCUCCCCCCAUCUCUUCUGCAAAAAUGUCUCGCAGUGGUCGAAUGAUAAAACCACCUUUGGAGUAUUGGAAAGGAGGCCGAGUCGUUUUAGAUGCACACAUGAAUGUCACCAUCCAUGAAAGCUACGAUAACGUCGGCUUUAUUUGUGAGUCAAACAGUGGUGCAGCAGAGUCUCCAAUGAGCUUCCAGAAGUCCGUCCGAGUGAUCCUUCCCUGCACUGAGGGUCGAAAGCAGAGCGUGUCUGUCGCCGGCAAAGCGGCUUCUGUACCGGAGAGGAAGGUGAAGACAAAACAAAAACAGGACGGAACUGAGGUUAUCCCUCACAAGAAGUCUACAUAUGUGUCUGAUCUCACCGUGGAGAUGCUAAGCAGCACUCAAGGGUGUUCUGGGCGAACAACGAGGUCCAGCAGAAGGAGGCCGUGCCCUGCUGCAGACGCUGAUGUUGUUCCACACAGGCACAGUGAGUCGGAGAAGUCUUCUGCACAAACAUCAACAAAAACGGCACACAGCAAGCCUUCUACAAUAGCAUCCAGGAGAAGACAGGGUGUCUUCUAUUCCCCCGAGUCCCCACCGGUCAGUGAUGGUGCAUUAGAGCGUCUGUCGUCUGAUGGUGAGGUUUCCAGUAAAGGGAGGAAGAAAGACAAAGAAGUGUCCACUAAGAAAGGUGGGAAGGUUCGCAAAGAGUGCAAACGCACUGAAACUUCGCCAAGAACGGAGCCUUUGCCAAAGUCGGCACAAUCCAACAAGAAACGCCACAGAAAGAAAGGCAGCGCAGUCAUUCCACAAGAGCAGGUUGAUGACGACGAUGAUGAUGAAUGGAGCGAAGCAGAGCUGAAGAAGCUGCAAGAGGCUGUGUUGUACUAUCCAAAGCACGUCGCAGGUUACUGGGCAAAGGUUGGCCGGAUGGUAGGAACACGUUCUGCAGAGGAGUGCUACAAGCAGCACAUAUCCCAGGCAGCUGCCCAGACCCCCCCUAAAAAAUCCAAGAAGCACAAGACUGAAAAGGUGGAGGCGUCCAAACCUCCAGUUGUAGAGCGACCCGUGAUAUCUGCCCGGGCGGGGACUUUGAAGAGGAAGCAGCAGGUGCGUGCGUUCCUGGAGAACCUGCCCAGAGAAGAUGUCGACGAUGCUUUCAGCUCAGCGUACAUGCAAGAUAAACGGGUUGAGAUCCCCUCCAUGUGUUCGAGUGAUGAUAAUGACUUUGCGAUGUCUGACCUGGAACCCCAGACCCCGAUGUUGCCGCGCUUUCCUGAAGUUAAGACGCCUCAGUGUCUACACAUCACUCCUGGCAUGUUGGGAUCUCCAAACACAAACAACGGUGACAGAUAUGUCUAUCAACUGCAGAGAAGAAUGAAAAAACGUCAAUUUAAUGUACACAAGAGCUCGCCUUCUGGAAAGAGGUUCGAAACCACACCAUCAGCAAGACGGCAGAUAAAAUGCGGUAACAUGGAAAACUUCGCUGUGUGGGAGAUGCCCCCAGAGAGUGAUGGAGGGAUAUCGGACAGCACAGAUGAGGAUUUUUAUUUCUCCAACUAGUCGCAGUCAAGCUUUUUUUUUUUUUUUAUCUUCUUCUUUUAAAUCUCUAU